AUGUGGAAUGAUCAGUCUGCUGUCGGUGGAGGAUUUUUUAAUUCCCCCGGCCAAUUUGGCAAUGUGAACACACCUAAUCAAGCUCAAAAAGGAGGUAGAAGAGCAUCCCGUACAGCACCUAUUGUUAUCAGGCAAGCUUUGCACUGUGGAGAUGAUGGUGUUAAAAUUUGGGGAACAGAAAUUCAGAUUGUGUCCAUUGUGGCUCGAGUUAGAAACAUCCGCGUGCAAAGUACUAAGAUAACGUACACAGUACAAGAUAUAACUGGACGUAUGCGCGCUGUACUCUGGCUAGACCAAGAGGCUGGAGAUGAAGAUGAUGCAGCUACCCCAAAAGUUCAAGUAGAUGAUUACAUACAAGUUUACGGCAAUGUUAAGACCAACAAAGGAAAAAAAGUAUUGAUGGCUUUUAAAAUUAUGCCAAUAACAGAUGUUAAUGCUAUAACUUUCCAUUAUCUACACUGCAUUCAUACUAAGGUUAAGAUGGAAGAGGAUUCUAAAAAGGAAAAAGUGGUUAAUAAUAACCCUACAUUCGCAAAUGCAUUGCCAUCAAAUUCAAUGGUUGGAAUGACUGACAGUACUGCUUCAGUCAAUGGUCUCAAUCCACGUCAAAUGAUGGUGUUCAAUCUAAUAAGAGCUUCUACUCUUGAACAGGGGAUCAGUAAGCAAGAUAUGUAUACUUCACUAAAAGACCGUAUGCCACAAAUGGAAUUUGAGAAAAUCUUGGAAUGGAUGUGUGGUGAAGGUCACAUAUAUUCAACUAUUGAUGAAGAACAUUUCAGAGCUACUGAUGCUUUCUAA